CUACUUCUGAGGCUGAAAGCAACCGUCGAAGUACUAAAUUAAUAUGUACUGGUUUCAGUCAACUCAUUCUUCCCUUUUGUAGUCAUUUUUUAUUCUUCUUCCAUGAUGUUGUUGCUUCUUCCUCAAAUCUUGAUUCCUCAUAAACAAAACUCCCGGAGGAAAGUUUCCAGGAGGAGGAAGAAGAGAAAGUGGUUUUCUGGUUUGAUUUGAUUGAAUUUACUGGAGUAUUGGUUUGUGGAAAAAAUGGGCACGGAGCAGUUGCUCGGUUUUGAACCUCCGGAGUUGAGUUUUCCAUUUGAGCUGGACAAGCAACUAUCAUGUUCUAUGCGGUUGUUGAAUAAGACGGAAAAUCAUGUUGCUUUUAAGCUUUUGACCACUAAUCCGAAAAAAUAUGGGGUUCGACCAAGAAUUGGAAUUCUUGCUCCGGGAUCAGCUUGUGACAUCACAGUGACUAUGCGAGCUGUGAAGGAGGCUCCCCAAAAUAUGAGGUGCAAGGACAAGUUUAUGAUUCAAAGUGCAGUUGCAAGUCCUGAUGCAACAAAGGAAGAUGCUCUAAACAUGUUUAAUAGAGAUGCUGGACAUGUUUUUCAAGAGUCCAAACUACGAGUUGUUUACAGCAAUCCAACCGUUGAGGCACCAGCAAUGGAAAAUCCAAAUCCUAAUGGUCCCGAGAUGAGGAAGCUUCUUGACAUCCAACCUUCCAAACUCCAAUUCCCCUUAAGUCUGAACAAAGAGCUCUCUUCGUCACUUCAGUUAUCCAAUGUGACUGAUAACCAUGUUGCUUUCAGGAUCAGUGCGAGCCCGAAGUAUCUUGUCCAACCUAAAGUUGGAAUCAUUUUGCCUCAGUCUACAUGUGAUAUCACAGUGAGAAUGCAAGCACAAAACAAAGUUCUGUCUGAAAUGCAAUCUGAGGAUAAGUUUCUGAUUCAGAGUGUAACUCUAUCUGCUGGCACAACCACGGAGGACAACAUAGCGGAUGCAGUGUUUGAUGGAGCAAGGUUUCCUAUUGAAGAGCGUGAAAUGCAAGUGGUUUACAUCCCGAAGCAAGAAAACAAGAGUGCUGAUGUUGCUGAAUUAAUCCUGAGGGGCAUCGUUGUUAGUUUGCUAGGUCUAGUUUCCUGCUACCUCAUGAAGCAGACACUAUCACUGAUCUGGAGUUUGGCAAUGGUAGGAACGAUGCUGAUGUUCAAGAUGAUAAAGAAACUGGUGUCGGACUCCGUCGAAGAUUGGAUAGUAAAGACUCUUCUGUACAUCUUUAUGCAUCUUCUCUUCGGACGCAAGGAGAACAUACAUCUGUCGCGGGGUUAACAUUAAUACAGUUGAAUCACAUUUAUAACAACAAUGAGGACACACAGGACAGCGGAAAUGAAACACCGGUGUGUAUAUAGAGCUUUCCUCUUCUCAAACAUGUAAAUUAGAAUACGAAGUCACAUAUCUCGAGGCGUGAUGUAAAUAUAUUUCUUGGGUGGGCUGUGUGUUUCUAGUCCUGUAGAACUAGUGUUCCUUGUUUCUGCAAAGGGGUCAGAAAUGAGAACAAAAGUGUUCUUGGAGCUGUGUUUUGAUGUCUGAUGCGAACUCUGUAGAGAAUGUAUGUUUGAUGUAUGCUGCAUGAUACAAAGUUCAUUAGUGGUA